AUGGAGUAUUACAUGGAGUGGAUACAAUGUGAUUAUUUUCUAACAUGGACAGCGGAUGUCAUAUUUCACCAGGCAUCUGGGAAAGCCACCUUUGGAUCUGAUGAGAUGACUCCAUUAGAGACCAAUUCUCUCUGUUGGAUUGCAUCUAUGACAAAGCUUGUGACUGCAGUAGCUGUUAUGCAAUUGGUCGAGCGAGGUGAUGUAUCCUUAGAUGAUGAUGUCUGUCAAAUCAUCCCGGAACUCAAAGACAUUCCUGUUCUUCAAAGUGCAGGUCAUGGUAUGGAGUUGGCCUCAGAGGGUUCUCAUCUUCUGAAUGGCUAUCACCACCCAUUGCUUUUCCAGCCCGGUACCUCAUGGGGAUACGGAGGUGGAAUAGACUGGGCUGGCCGAUUGGUACGCAGGCACUCCCCAAAAUAUUCAGAUAUGAGGUCUUUAUCCGAUACUAACGACGGACAGAUUGAAUACGUGACCCAUUCCACUCUAGAGAAAUUCAUGCAAUGUAACAUAUGGUCAAAGAUCGGAGCAACCAACACAACUUUUCGUCCAGAGUUAUAUCAAAACAAGUUGCCCCAUCAAUUAGAAAUGGGGCAGCGGACCAAUGGUGGCUCAGGAAAAAGCUCAAUCGUUCCAGGAAAGAUCAUUCUCAAUCGGCCCACAGAAGAUAAUCUUGGUGGCAUUGGACUCUUCAGUACUGCGACGGAUUUUGCAAAAUUAUUAUCAGCCCUCUUGAAAGACGGUUAUCCGCUUCUCAGCAAGACCAGCACUGAUAUCCUAUUUGGGACUCAAUUGAGCGAGCAAGCUCGAUUGGCAAUGCCAAAGCAUCUUGGCGCCCAGAUGAGGCGGAUUUUGGGCAUCAAAAAUGUCACAGAUGUAGUACAAGCAGAUCACACCUUGGCCGGAACCGUACUACUCAAGGAUAUACCCGGGCGUAGACGGAAAGGCUCGAUCAACUGGAGUGGGUUGCCAAAUUUGCAUUGGUGGAUCGACAGAGAAACGGGAAUCGCGGCCGCAUUGUUCACACAGAUGAUGCCGCCAGGGGACGCGGCCGUGACAAGCCUAUUGAUCGAGUUGGAGACAGCUCUUUACUCUCGAUUUCAAGUCAAAAAUUACGAAAAGAAAGAGGCCUUUAAACUUUAA